CAAAAAUCCACCGCGACGGAAAUAGACAAGCCACAGUCGCCUAGCAAGGAACCCCAGAUUCGGUUCUUGAUCGCUUGCCCUCGCAGCGGCUCAACGCUUCUCAUGAGAACCUUAGCCAAGUCCCCCGGCUGCGCCGUCACAAACAGACUCAUCCUAAUAGGUAAUUCAUGCUCGAGAGAGGUUUUCCAUCCCGAUUACUCGAUCCUCGAGCACCCUUACCCUCACAGCGUCUUUGUCAGCGCCAUGAACUCCGGCAAGCGGUUCCUCGUAUGCAAGGAAGACCUCGGAAACAACAGUCAAAGGGGCGAAUGUAUGUACGACGGCGGACAGACGCGUAGAGUCUGGUCAACUGAUACACGAACAUGUUCCAGAUGCUCGACCAAGCUCCCCCGCACGCCAUCCCGUGCCUUCUUUACAAGCCACUCAUUCAGGAGCCCGGACAGAAGCCGAUCGCAUCUGCGCAAGGUGGGGAGUGCCAUUCUAGAGGCUCUAGCAGGCCUCGAAACAACAAUCAGCAGCACAUUUAGCUCACAGCUUCAAUCUCGAGGCUAGUUUUUGGGACAAACACGAUGCAACGGAAUUGAUUUUCGACACAAAGCACUUUCGACUCCAAGGUAUUUGACACGAAAGGCAUGGGGACGGGAUUGGGGAAAUAUUUUGACUACUGGACUACAUCUGCGAAACACGGAACCUAACAUAGAUUUAAAGACCACACAAUUAGAC